AGAACACUGUACACAUAAGUAUGAGAAUGAUUGAAACUGUAUAAGGGUAUAAUAUGUCUUUUUACCGGUCAAGAUAUUCAUCUCGAUUGGCUAAGAGAAGAAGCGGGUAGAGUGGAUGAGCUUGCCAUAGUAACACUGAUAUACACAUUUUGUUGCCGGCUGGCUGGGUCAACCGGUAGCUUGAUUGGUAUUCAAGAGAAAUAGAAUGAAUGUUGUGAGGAAAUGUCUUUUUAAGUAUAGGUCCAACUCGGCCCGGUUCAACAAACCCAAUCGGUUAAUAAAUAAAUAAGCCUAGCUUAGAAAACCCUCCCUCCAUAACAAGCAGACAUACACUCACAUUAUUAGGGUUAUUCGAGAACUAUAUAUCUCAUUUCAAGCUUCAGAUACAUCAAGAAUCACUAUCAACAAUGGCGCUUGAUAUUCUCGGAGAUCGUCAAUCUGGUCGCACUCAAAACAGUCAGUCUGUUUCGAAUAUCGUCAAGACUAAUUCACUAGGUCCUGUUAAGGCUGAUGGAGACAACAGUAGUGACAGUGAAGACAAGUAUGACUCAGAAAUGGAUAGUAUGAAUAUGGAGAGCGAGGAAGAUGGUUUUGGAAACGGUACCAUUGGAGAGGAUGAGGAUGAAAGCGAGAGUGAUGAUGACGAUGGCGAUGACGGAGAUGAUGAUGAUGGUAUGGGAAUGAAAGUAGAAGACAUCAAUCAUGCUGAUAUGGAAGAGCUUGAGAAGGAGUACAAAGAUCUCCAAAACAAAGAACAAGACCUUUUCAGAAACAUAAGACGUGACCAAGACGAUGAUAUUCUCAAAGGUCAAGCCGUAAAAAAUCAAAGGGCUCUUUGGGACAAAACUCUUGAGUUCAGAUUCUUGCUACAGAAGUCUUUCUCAACCUCAAACCGACUUCCACAGGAGCCAGUGCGAUCUGCUUUCUGCAAUUCUAGUGAAGAAGUUAAAGAAGCUUAUUCAGACCUAAUUGAUUCAACUAAGAAAACCCUCGACUCCAUUCUUAAAUUGCAGGAGAUACUGGUGGAGAAAAACCCGUCAAUUAUGGAUGCAGCAACUGAAGAAGGUGAUGCUGCACGAUCUUCUAAAAGCUCAGAUGCUUUUAGGAACUCAACUGAAGAAGAUGAAGAAUGGUUUCAGAUUUCUCAAAUGCAAUCUAGAAUUGCUCCUUUUAGAAACAUUUCCGUGGAUAAGUGGCAGAGGAAGACACAGGUGACAAGUGGUGCAGCCGGCAUGAAAAAUAAAUUUCAAGCCUUUAAUCAGAAUAUCAGUGAUCAAGUUGCAUCAUACAUGCGGGACCCAAGUAGAAUGAUAAAAGGGAUGCAGCAAAGGAGAUCUGUUGUCCCGGUUUUUGGUGAUGUUUCUAAUAAGGAUAAGGAUGAGGCAAUGAAUGCUGAUGGUGAUCCUGAACUACUUGAUGAUUCCGAGUUCUAUCAACAAUUACUUAGAGAAUUUUUUGAAACUGUUGAUGCGGGAUCAUCUGAGACUGCAUUUUAUGCUCUGAAGAGAUUACAAACUAAAAAACGCAAAAUUGUCGACAGGCGUGCUUCCAAAAGCCGAAAGAUCAGGUAUCAUGUUCAUGAGAAGAUUGUGAAUUUCAUGGCUCCUGAGCCCAUGAACAUACCUCCAAUGGCCCCUAAAUUAUUUGAGAACUUAUUUGGCCUCAAAACCCCCAAACCUGCUUCAGUAGUAUCUUAAGAAGAAGCCAAAUCCAAAUUUUUAUAAAUUUUGUAGAUCUUUAUUUUGCAGUGGAACUUGACUUAAGUUGCAAAUUUUAGUAAAUUACAAAUAGGCCUAUUUCACAAAAAUGUGAUACUUGAAAUUUGUAAUUUGCAUUUUCUAUAUCAUUUGACAAUAGUAUGCUUGGUUUUUAAGUUGUA